CCGGUGAGGAUUCUCUUUCCUGAAAUGUGAAAAUGAGUUAGUUUAGUUUAUAAACAGACGACAUAUGCAUUGUUCUAUACUAGAUAGAAAAUUGAAAACUUAAAUGUUGAAUUGUUCUCAACAGAUAUUGUGCACAAUUUCCACGAUCAAUCCCUAUAUUAUGAUGAGAAGAUUGUGCAGACGUUUAUGGAAAGACAAAUUUUGGAAACAUUUGGGAUUAAUCACUUUGGUGACAUAUUUUGUCGCACUCCCUCUAUUAUCACUAAGGUACAGAUACACAGCAUAUGACAAAGUUUGGAACAAGGACAAAUCGCAUGCACAAGAGAUAUUAAGGAGAGUGAAUGAUCAAAGGAUAAAGGAGGCUCAGACCUACAUUAAUGCCUAUGGUGAAAUGAGAAAUGGACUCUCUUUACCACAGCCUGUUAACAUUGGUAUCACAAUCAUUACUGUAUCAAGAAAUCGACACAGGUUGGAUCAGUAUGAACCAAAGUACUUAACACAAGUUGUAGGAAAGACUCUCCAACUUCUUAAUGAAACAAAACAUUUAAAACUGACAUACUCCUUAUUCAUAUGUAAUGUUGAUGAUGAACCUUCCUCUUACUUUGAGCUUCAAAAUCUGACAAAAAUAGUAACUACAUUCAAUAGAUUUCCAAACUCUUCAUCAAGGCCAUUAUUUCAAAGGUCUGUAGAUCAAACUCUAGAAAAAGAAAAAGAAGACUACAUUUAUUGUGGAGAGCAGGCAUUUAGGCAGAAUGUUUCUAACAUUCUUCUAGUGGAAGAUGACGCAUUACCAAAUGAGGACAUGAUAUCUGUUGUUGACCAUCAUCUUUUUUCCAUGGGACUUGGUAAAACAGGACCCCAUCAAUCAAAUAUCACCUUCAUUAAACUAUACCACCCUGAUCGGCUCCUUGGCUUCAUCAGUUUAGAGAAGGAACGCCUCCCAGAGCUCUUUUGUUUGGGAUUGAUUUUGACAACAUGUUUCGUCAAAGCUUAUUUGACCAUUUAUCCAAUUGAAGCAAAUCAUCGAAAAAUAAUAUGGCUGGGUUUCUUUGUCUAUUCAUGUCUAUUUGUGUUGGCUGUAGGUAGACAGAAUUUCACAGCCUUGAGGAGGAUCUCCAAAUACUUGUACCAAGUCACCCCAGCCCCAUCUUGCUGUACUCCUGCCAUUGUGUACACAAAACCAGGCUUUCGUGCCAUUUCAUCAUAUCUGAAGUCUGUGAGAUGUAAGAGUGGGUUUGGUAAAGACACUGCAAUUGAUAAGUUAAGAAAACUCAAUCCAAAGUUAAAAGCUUUAUUGAUUCAGCCCAAUCUUUUUAAACAUAUAGGGAUGUAUUCCUCUCUGAGAGACCAGGUUUUGGAUCCAUUUAUAGUUUGAUGUUUUUGAACUCUGAAUCAUAUACAAAGUAUAUUUUAAUUGAUCAUUGUCAUGAUUGUAAGGAACAAAAUAUUUGAAAUUUCCAAAUUUAAUUAGCCUCCAUUGCAACUUUAUGAUGUUUAUCUUUCUAUGCUGUAUUAUACAUUUUAUCAGUUUUGUGCUGAAUACCUUAUUUUCAAAUUGCUGCAUUUGAAAUGAGACAUCUCUCAAUGCAAGAUCAUUUGCAGUGAGCUUUAUACAUGUGAAAGUAUUCCCUUUUUGAAUUAAGCAUUGAAUCUUGCCAAAUUAAAUAUAUAUUUAUAUAUUAAGGUAUAUCUUUUUAGGUCCCCUUAGUAAACUCAGGUGCCCUAUUGCUAUCUGUUUUUGUCUGUCCAUUGUGCGUCAACAUUUCCAGUUUCUUCUUUAAAACCACUGAACCACUUAUCAACCAAUUUGGCAUGUAACAUCUAUUGGUGAAAGGGAGUAAAAAUUAUCAUGAAGUCCAUGGCCCCUACCCCCUGAAGCCAAGGGAUGGGGCUCCUCUGCGUCUGCUUCUCCUUUGCUCCAGGGUAUUAAACAAACAAACUAAAUGCAUAUUUAUGAUGAGUAAAGGUGUCUCUUCUAAAAUUGUGAAAUGCAUGGCCCCAGGGUCAGGGGUUCCCAGAGGCAUAUAAUAUCGUAGAAAUACAUUUUUUCUUUGUUUCUCCGCUCUGCCUCUGGCUAUUUAGUAAUCAAACUAAGCAUGUGAAGUGUAUAUUAAUGAUAAGCAUGGCAAUGGUGCCUCUUUCAAAAUUGUGAAUUUCAUAGCCUCUGGUUUAAAACACAAACUAAAUUCAAUGGAUGGAAAGUUGUUACAUGAUACUCAAAUGACCUAUGAGGCCCAUAUUUAUUUAUUAAACAUGUUUAAUGCAAUAUAAUAAUGCAAAAAAAAAUUAAUGUAUAUUUGUUAAUAUGCUGCUCUUUAUAAGCUGUGUUAUACUGUAAUGUUAAUGAUCUUGUACUUUGUUGAUUAA